CACAUAUAAAUGGGAAUGACACCCAUGUAACAUAUUGUUUUCAAAUGAGAUGUGGUCAAUACCUGCAAAAUCACAAAAUUGUGACUUGGAUGAACGAUGCCAUUGGGUGACACUUCAGUCCCUCACUUGUGGGUUGUAAAAUUUUAUUUUGAGAUAUUACAUUAAAAUUAGCAUAACUUGAAUGGAGGGUUUACAGCUGUGGAUCAGAAAAUGGCAUUAUUUGCUGAUAACAUUCAGUGUAUUGUUCAAAUUCAUAAAUUAAACUGAGCUGUACACAAUUAUAUACAUAACAUGUAACUCAUAUUUUAGUGUAUAUUUUCUCUUUAAAAAUCCCACUUAAGAAUUUGGUGACCACAUGUGUAUCGCCAGUAUUUUGACCUCUUAUCAGCCUUUGCUCAAAUGGAAAUACAGUAUAACAGACAGGGCCUCUGCCAAUGAAACACAUGUGAAUGACCCGCCAUUAUUACGGACAGGACAAAACCAAAAUAAUCCAGACUAAAGAUUUAGUCCAAUUCCAAACUGCAGUCUGAGAUGUUGGUCAUUCUAACAUGAACACAGAAAAUGAUCAGUGAUGUGCAGUAGCAGGACAAAAAUGUCAGUAAGAUGUAUUUUCCCAUGACACCCUGAAGUAUAACCAAGGUUUGGUUUCUGUUUCCUUCUGUUCCAAGAAAGUCACAAGUUAUUGUUACUUAGCCUACAUAUUCACAGCAAUUGCUGCCAUGCAUGAUGCUAUUUUGAAGACAUUUAUUCAUACAUCCAUAAUUCCAAAGGUGAACUCUAUGUUUCUGUGACUACUGUUGGCAUAUGAAAUAUGUAUGAUGGUUGAAUAUCUGCUGUGCCUCCAGCUUCACAUGAAUAAAUGCAUGCAGGUAUAGAUGCACAGAAUGGAUAUUAAUGCAUAUGCACACUAAAGGCCUAGAAUAUAACAUAUUGUCGAAUAACCUGGUGGAGCAGAGGUCUAGCCUUUUACCUAUACAGUGUGCCAAUAUGGGUUUGACCUAUAGUUAGGACGUAACGUGCUUUGUCGGGCGUUGUGCCUUACUGGUAGCUGUGUAUCGGUUAAACACAGGUGCGUGUGUAGGUGUUAUAGGUGUCAUAGCACCCUGCAUUCUGCACAUAAGGUUUCACUUGUUUACAGCCAACAAGGGCGCGGCUUUAUCCCUACUUUAUAUGCGCGCGCCGAGUUCACUCAAGUUAAAUACACACACACAGACACACACACGGCCUACUUUCCACAAUUCUAUCGCUAAUAUGCGGGGAGAGAGAGGGGGAGAGAGAGAGAAGAGAGUGACGGUUUCUCCUUGCAUGCUGCUGCUGUUGCUGUGCCAAUGCGCAAACAGUGUAUGCUACGCCGUGGGAUAGGUCUCCCCAAAUUGAGGCUGCGCUCGAAACGAUCAUGCGAUUGAAUGACGAGCGCGUCAUGCUUGUCUUCCUCCUCUUCUGUUCUGUGCGAUCAGUGGCUCUGUGUUCCGCAAUCCCCAGGGAUACUGUACCGCCCUCGAUGGCUCUGCUAUCGGCGCUUCGCUCACACUGAAUGGCUGCCCGGAGUAAGGAAAAGCGGAGAAAGAGAGCGCUGCUUCUCCUCCUUUGAACCGACGCUCUGCAUCAACUUCCCAGCGAGGGGACCCUUUGGUGGUGUGCGUUGGCGCACCAUGGCCCAGACCCUCCAGAUGGCGAUCCCAAACUUUGGCAACAAUGUUUUAGAGUGUCUGAAUGAGCAGCGGCUGCAGGGCCUCUACUGCGAUGUCUCCGUGGUGGUCAAGGGCCAUGCCUUCAAGGCCCAUCGAGCUGUGCUGGCUGCUAGCAGUUCGUAUUUCCGGGACCUUUUCAGCAGCAGCAGCAGCAGCAAUAGUGGAGGUGGUAACAGCAAUGAGACAAGCCCAACGGUAGUGGAGCUCCCGUCGGCUGUGCAGCCCCAGAGCUUCCAGCAGAUUUUGGCUUUCUGCUACACAGGCCGUCUCAGCAUGACAGUGGGAGACCAGUUUCUCCUCAUGUAUACCGCCGGCUUCCUGCAGAUCCAGCAGAUCAUGGAAAAAGGCACUGAAUUCUUCCUCAAGGUCUCCUCCCCCAGCUGCGACUCCCAGGGCCUUCACGCUGAGGAGGCCCCACCUUCUGAGCCCCAGAGCCCUGUAACGCAGACCAAUAACAGUGCAGCCCGGCCUGCCUCCUGCCUGACGCCGCUCUCUCUGGUAUCACGAGUGAAGGCAGAGCAGCCAGCUAGCCAGCCGGAAGCAGCCACUCCUUACUCAGUGGUCUGCACUCCUGUAGCCAAGCGACUGUGGGAGGGUGGCAGCAGCCGAGAUGGAGUAGGCUCAGGGGGAGGAGGGGGGGCCAGGAAGACAGCCCGUUAUUCCCAGGAGGUGGUGCGGGGCAGUGCCAUUCAGAGCCCCGGAGCCCUCGGACUGGCCAUGGGUAUGGGUGCCACCGCAACCAGCCUGUCGGGGAUGGUGGCCAGUGUCGGCACCAAUGGGAGCUCUGCAGCAGGUCAGGGCAUGUCAGAGGGCGCCAGCCCCGGCACCCUGAGUACCUACGCCAGUGACUCACCCAUCAGUUACCAUGAUGAUGAAGAAGAGGAAGAGGGGACAGAUGACUGUGCUGAAGAGCAGUAUAGGCAAAUCUGCAACAUGUAUACCAUGUACAGCAUGCUCAACAUGGGAGCUGCAGCUUCUGGUGAGCGUGUUGAGGCUCUACCCGACCACACAGAGACACGGGGUCGGAUGCGAGGCAGAGACCUUACAUGUCUCCCCGCAGAACUCAUCGCUCAGAUAGGCAACCGCUGUCAUCCCAAACUGUACGAGGAAGGAGACCCUGCUGAGAAACUAGAGUUAGUCUCAGGUACUUCUGUGUAUAUAUCACGAGCCCAGCUAAUGAACUGUCAUGUGAGCGCAGGGACCAGACACAAGGUGCUGCUGAGGAGGCUGCUGGCUGCCUUCUUUGACAGGAAUACUCUGGCCAACAGCUGUGGAACAGGUAUCCGCUCGUCCACCAAUGACCCGAGCCGCAAGCCCCUGGACAACAGAGUUCUGCAUGCGGUCAAAUUUUAUUGCCAGAACUUUGCCACCAGCUUCAAAGAGAGCGAGAUGAAUGCCAUCGCAGCUGACAUGUGCACCAACGCCCGACGUGUGGUCCGCAAGAGCUGGAUCCCCAAGCUGAAGCUACUGAUGGCUGAGAGCGAUGCCUACACCGCUUUCCUUCCCGACGGCGUCAAGAUGGAGGAUGACACACUGGGGGCGGAUCCGGCCUUUGACCCCGCCUCUCUGGAGGCCACCAGCGGUGCUGGCAUAGAGUCAGGUGGCUCUUCAGGUGAAUCGCUACCAGGUGUGGGCGGGGACGGAGGACCGUUAUUUUGAACAUUGUGUACGGGGGGGAAGGUUGAAAUUUGGUGACACACAUACCAGUAUUCCCCAGUUCUGCUUGCCUCCUCACUCUUUGGCCCACGCUGAUCUCUCACUUCUGACUGUCUAUACUACACUGCUAUGGGUCAACAGUUGUGUUACCCUGAUGUAACCAGGACAUGACAACUUAAAUUUUUGCUUUAUGACUGUACAAUGGAGUUAGUUGAGGAAAGGGAGAGAGGAAGAGGGUGUUUACUUUUCUCCUAACUGCCCUCUGCCUCCCCUUGUCUUUUUAAGGUGUGUAAGCGCAUCCACUGUUGCAUAUUAAAUACAUUCCCUGAAAUACAGGUGGUGGGGGGAGAUGCCAGUGCAGCCUGAGGAGGAAGGGAUGGCUGGAUGGACAGGCUUGGAGAAGAGGUGGCGAGUAUAUUGAAUGUAAGUGUCAGUGGCAUUUUUCUCUAUGCAAGCCUGACAACUUGUGUUCCAGCCUCGGAAACGGAACUAAAUUUAAAAUAGAUACAAUAAUAAUUAACACUACCUGUUCUUCCUGCACCUUCCACUCAUCACCUUGCAAGCAUUCUUCACCCCACAUCACCUUUCUUGAGACCAGAGAAUCUCACCUGAGUGUUUCGCUGUGCAGUGUCUUAUAAAAAUAUAUCUCAUCUUUCUCUGUUUUAGCAUGUUUCUCCGUCUACAAACUGAAAAGUGAUCCAGAGAGAGAAGGGGAAAGCUUUUUACUGAGAUGAUUAUAAAGAAAAUUUAAGGGCAACAGGUAAUCAAAGAUGGUCGUAUUUUUAGAGGACAACUAUAUUUAUACAAGUGCCCAUGCCUAGAAAGGUGUGAGCAAAGAGAGUGAAAGGGAUUGUUUUAAAAUCUCGAUCUUCAUGUUUUAUUGAAAGAGGUCUUGUCAAAUAAGAAAAAGUGCUAUUUUUGCAGGAAAAAAGGAGUCUAAUAAAGCAGUCUUAUCAUAGGACCCGUAGUCAUUUAUUUUUAUCUUUAUUUGACAGUGCAGAGUGAUGGAAUGAGCAGUUGAACUGCUAAAUUUGAAGCAUUUCAUCUUCUGUUCACUAGCUUAAAAGGAAUAAUAAGACUGAUUCAGCUGGCUUGACUAUUGUCUAUGAUAACCAUUUCUUGUUAGGUUGUGAACCUGCAACAUUUGCCUCCUUCAAUAAAACAUUGGCCCACAAUUUUGAAGAUUACUUGUAGAAAUAUAAAGGUUAUAUUAUAUUGAUCUGACGACUCAGCUAGUUUCUUCUUUGUACUGAAAUUAUUGAAAAGGAAAAAAACUGCUGACAUUUUUGUGCCAAUGCAAAAGUCAAAGGAAUUAAUUAUGGAAUAUUGGAAUGUGCCUUUUUAAUUGAAAUCAAUAAGCAGAAGCCUGGUGGGUACAGUGAUGUCAUGAGGAGACAAUAUUGCCUGAAGCAAAUAGGCUUUAUGGUACUGUCCGUGUGUGUGUGUGUGUGUGUGUGUGUGUGUGUGUGUGAAACAGUUCUUUGGUAAAGACAGAGAGUCUGUAUUGCACGGAUGUGUCUUUUAGUAUGUAGUUUAUUCAUGUAUCUAAUGCACCACCUCUUUAAUUUUGCACCUUCCAUGAGAGCUAGAGUGGAGGUUUCUGCCCCUUAAUGAGAAGAACCAGUGGUUCAUGCACCUUUCUGAGAAAUGUUGUGUAGCAACUAAACUCCUGUAGGUGGAAUUUGUAAUUUUUUCCCCAUGUCUGCCUGUGUUUCUUGUUUAACAGUGGCACAAACUCCUACUGUAAAUUAUCAAGAAGACUGUUGAGUUAAAUCCCAAGUGUUCUUCCUUUUUUGUUGCCGGAUGCGUCUGAUUAUGAAAUGCCAACAAUUGACUUUUUUUUUUAUGUGAAAGUUUGUGUUUGCUAGAAGCUUUUUGAAUGAAUGUCUGUAGAUCAGAGGUCAGUACGGGGGUUUCAUUAUUCCUGUUGCAGGUGGAUAUCAGUGAAAGUGGUCCUGGUGUGAUUUUAGGAAUGUGUUCUUAACCUGAAAUGCUCUCACAGACGACUGAUUACUUUCUCCUUCUGGAAAGGCAUUUCUAUAAAGGUUCUAUUUUUUCUGAAGACAGGUACAGUAAAAAAACAGGAAGGAAUUAAUGCUUCUUAUUCAAGGCAGUUGAGUCAAUCUUGUUGGGGAAAAAAAGACUAGAGACAUGAUAGAUAUAGCUUUACCUAUUUUCAUUAUUGAUUGAAAUUACAAGGAUGAGUUUACUUGAGGGUAUAUGGACAGAACAAAAAUGCAGUACCUUGUAAGUAUUCCGUUAACGGUAAUGACAACAAAACCUCAGUAAGCUUUGCAUUUGACUGUAGAUGCCACAUGAGCACCCCUCCCCCACUUACCUCUCCAGUAUCUUUAUUCUCCAUUCUCAGAAAAGACUGCUGUGCUUCCUGUCCUUCAUGCAGCUGGUGUCAUGUUUCACUUCCACAAGUUUAUUCAUGUGUUUCAGAGAGAGGCAAAGCAGUGGUUUUAGGUAGUUAAAUCUGAAUUAUAAGAUGUUUUUGUUAAUGUGCUUAGUGGCUUUUAACUGGCCCAAUUUUACACAAGUUCAACACAACUCAUAUUACAUGGUCAUGUUUUCCUCCAACAUUUUUUAAUUAUGACAGUACUUACGAAGCCUCUGCCAGGUGUAUUUAAGUUACCAUAAUCCCUUAAAUAGUUUGAUGGGAUAUCCAAUUAUGUUCUACAGAAAACCAUCCUGUCAUUUCACAUUUGAAAUAUAUCAAACUCAAGGUUUUCAAAAUAAACCCACUAUAAUACCAGAUUGCUAGAUAAUUGCGUUGUGUACAGAGUUAAAGGACCAAGAGAUAUGCGUUCAUGUCCAAUCACUAGGACCUCUGAAUUUAAUGUUUUUGGGACAUUCAAUCUAGCAAUGAAAUUUAAUUUUAAUAUCUCAUUUAGCAUAAUGUCUAUUAAAUCUGUCAAUGUUCCUGCCUCAAGAAAUAAAACCAGGUAUGACAAUGGCCAGAUUAUUGUUCAAAUGUCUGAAUUUAGUUCCAUUAUUACAGGACUGUUUUUGAUUGUGUCCUUCACAGAAGUAAAUUACAUUCUUUGAAAAACAGUGUCUCCCAUAGAAAAGAAAAGUAUAAAAGAUGAUAAAGAUGAAUAUUUAAGAUGAAAAAAUAAAGAAGUUUUUAAAGCUAGAAACAACAAGGGCUUACAUUAGUUUCUUACAGCAACCAUGUUACACAGUGACCUACUGAAUGAUCUGAAAUAUCACCAGUGAAUCAGCACUGAUUCUAAGGAAUCCAUGUUAGUCUGCUUUCACAACACAGUAGCUCAGCCCAAAUACAGAAAUGUCCACACUGCACCAAUGACCCAGUCAGAAUACACUGCUGUUGCGCCUCAUGAGCCUAGCUUAGAAACACUGGUUUAGGGCCUGUGUUGUGAUCAGUUGAACAAGUUAAGUAGAAAUAGCAGUGGUUAUGGUACGUGUCAGGGGUUUUACCCAUAGUUAGUUUUCAGGGCCGACUCUAGUAAAUGUUCAAAAAGUCCCUCACUCACAACCUACUUGCACUGUGCUUUAUGCGCAAUAGAUGUGUGUGUGUGCGUGUGUGUGUGUGUUUUACUUUGUGUGCAUUUGAGAAUAGAAAGCUUUCAUGCCAUUUUUUUUUCAGUGCGUUCUAAUCAAACUGUAAUUUCUGUACCUUUCAACAUAUGUGUUUACACUUCACAAAACAUGUAGACCUACACACUUGAAUGGAUGAGGUGUGGCACGGCAUGGGGAACCUUUUGUCACUAAACAGUACAUAUAUAAAUACGAUUAUACACAUGUAUAGAUAAAUACUGUAUAUUAUAUAUAGACGCGCACAUAGAGGUCAGAUUGUUUGUUGUGCACUCGCAGCAUGAGGUAUAUAUUUACCCAGAAACGGCGCUUCUUCACAACCUGUACAGUAAUUGGUCUGCCCAUGUCUUUGCCCCUGCUCCUUGCCCUCUGUAACCCUGUAGCGCCAGUGGACAUCCUGUACUGCUCAUCCUAUUCUUUCUGUGUUCCAAGUGCCAAUAACUUUGUGAAAGCCCUGUAACUGUGACCCAACAUUAUCAAAGGCAAUUGCACAUUAACGACUGUAAAAUAAAUAAAUACAAAUCAUAGAGAAAAUGUCAAAAUGGAUUAAAUAAUGAAUAUCUUAAUAAAAGAUUUGUAACAAUUUC